AUGAGCCAGACCAAAGCUCAAAGAGUUAACUGGAGGAGCUCAGAUGUCCCCAGUGGUGACUUUGCCCAGCAGGAUCAAGCAAACCUGGACUCCAUAUUUACAGUCAUUGUGUUUCAGCUGCUGGAGGAGAGCAUCAUUGCUUUUGUGAAGAAUGAGCUGAGGAAGAUCCAGAAGAUUCUGAGACCAGACUACCCAGAAAGCUUAGAGAAGCCGAGCGAGGAUAAGAGCAUGUUGGAGGAUGAGGAUGACCAGAGGAGGUGCAGCAGAGAGGCAUUUCUGAAAAUCAGCCUGGACUUCCUGAGAAGAAUGAAGCAGGAGGAGCUGGCAAACCAUCUGCAAAACACUAGCUUCAAUCUUAAAUCUAAGCUGAAGCAGAAGUUCCAGUGUGUGUUUGAGGGGAUCGCUAAAGCAGGAAACCCAACCUUUCUGAAUCAGAUCUACACAGAGCUCUACAUCACAGAGGGAGGGACUGCAGAGGUCAAUGGUGAACAUGAGGUCAGACAGAUUGAAACAGCAUCCAGGAAACCAGACAGACCAGAAAUACCAAUCAGACAAGAAGAUAUCUUUAAAGGCGCCACUGGAAGAGAUGAACCAAUCAGAACAGUGCUGACAAAAGGAGUGGCUGGCAUUGGGAAAACUGUCCUAACACAGAAGUUCAUUCUGGACUGGGCUGAAGACAAAACCAACCAAGACAUCCAGUUCAUAUUUCCAUUCACUUUCAGACAGCUGAAUGUAGUAAAAGAAGAAAAGUUCAGCUUGGUGGAACUUGUUCAUCUGUUUUUUACUGAAACCAAAGAAGCAGGAAUCUGCAGCUUUGAAGACUUCCAGGUUGUGUUCAUCUUUGAUGGUCUGGAUGAGUGUCGACUUCCUCUGGACUUUCACAAAACUGAAGUCCUAACUGACACCAGAAAGUCGACCUCAGUGAAUGUGCUGUUGACAAAUCUCAUCAGGGGGAAACUGCUUCCCUCUGCACAUCUUUGGAUAACCACACGACCUGCAGCAGCCAGUCAGAUCCCUCCUAAAUUUGUAGAUAUGGUGACAGAGGUCAGAGGUUUCACUAGACCACAGAAGGAGGUGUAUUUUAAGAAGAGAUUCCCAGACAAGGACCAGGCCAGCAGGCUCAUCUCCCACAUCAAGACAUCACGAAGCCUCCACAUCAUGUGCAACAUCCCAGUCUUUUGCUGGAUCACUGCUACAGUUUUUGAGGAUGUGUUGAAAACUAGAGAGGGAGGAGAGCUGCCCAAGACCCUAACUGAGAUGUACAUCCACUUCUUGGUUGUUCAGGUCAAAGUGAAGAAGGUCAAGUAUGAUGAUGGAGUUGAGACAGAUCCACACUGGAGUUUGGAAAAUACAAAGAUGAUUGAGUCUCUGGGAAAACUGGCUUUUGAGCAGCUGCAGAAGGGAAACCUGAUCUUCUAUGAAUCAGACCUGACAGAAUGUGGUAUUGAUAUCAGAGCAGCCUCAGUGUACUCAGGAGUGUUCACACAGAUCUUUAGAGAGGAGAGAGGACUGUACCAGGACAAGGUGUUCUGCUUUGUUCAUCUGAGUGUUCAGGAGUUUCUGGCUGCUCUUCAUGUCCAUCUGACUUUCAUCAAUUCUGAAGUCAACUUGUUUAAGGAGGAACAAAAAACAUCCCAUCAGUCUGAAACAGAUAAACACUUCUACCAGAGUGCUGUGGACAAGGCCUUAGAGAGUCCAAAUGGACACCUGGACUUGUUCCUUCGUUUCCUUCUUGGUCUGUCACUGGAGACCAAUCAGACUCUCUUACGAGGUCUGUUAAACCAAACAGGAAGUAGCUCAAAGACCAAUCAGGAAACCGUCCAGUACAUCAAAAAGAAGAUCAAUGAGAAUCUGUCUGCAGAGAAAAACAUAAACCUGUUCCACUGUCUGAAUGAACUGAAUGAUCGUUCUCUAGUAAAAGAGAUCCAGCAGUACUUGAGAUCAGGACGUCUCUUCACAGAUAAACUGUCUCCUGCUCAGUGGUCAGCUCUGGUCUUCAUCUUGCUGUCAGCAGAAGAAGAUCUGGAUGUGUUUGACCUGAAGAAGUACUCUGUUUCAGAAGAGGCUCUACUGAGACUGCUGCCAGUGGUCAAAGCCUCCAAGAAAGCUCUGUAAGUUAUUGUCAAGUUAACAUUAUUUUAAUACAUUGCUCUGGUUCAGUGAUAGGGGGGGGAAAAAAAACUUGCCUUCAUGUUUAUGUCUUUUCAGAUUGAGUGAGUGUUUCCUUUCAGAAAGAAGCUGUGAAGCUCUGUCUACAGUUCUCAGCUCUCAGUCCUCUAGACUGAAACAGCUGGAACUAGGCAACAAUGACCUGCAACAUUCAGGAGUACAGCUGUUAUCAGUAGGAUUGAAGAGUCAACACUGCACACUUGAAACUCUCAGGUCAGAGCAACUCACACUUUGUUUUUUUUAUGGUUUUUAGAUAUUUAUCAGGUUUCAGAUUCAUAAAUUUCUUUAAGUUACAACAAGUACAAAUCAGUUACAAGGUAAUUAAAGACAAGAAGCACAGGUACAGCAACAUAG